AUGGAAAGGACCAAUUGGACUGACAUUGAGUUCAUUCUACAGGGACUUUCUGAGUAUCCAAGAGCAGAAAAACUCCUUUUUGUGAUGUGUUUGUUGAUGUACCUGGUGAUUCUCCUGGGGAACAGCACUUUGAUCAUCCUCACCCUCCUGGAUUCCCACCUUCACACCCCUAUGUACUUCUUCCUCUGUAAUCUUUCCUUCCUUGACAUUUGGUACACAUCUUCCUUUAUCUCCUCAAUGCUGAUACACUUUCUAUCGGAGAAAAAAACUAUCUCCUUCACUAGAUGUGUUGUUCAGAUGUCUGUCUCUUACACAAUGGGGUCAACAGAGUGUGUACUUCUAGCAGUGAUGGCAUAUGACCGUUACAUAGCCAUCUGCAACCCUCUGAGAUACCCUAUCAUCAUGAACAAGGCACUUUGUAUUCAGACGGCAGCUCUCUCCUGGGGACUGGGCUUUUUCAACUCAUUGACAGAAACAAUUCUUGCAGUACAGUUGCCCUUCUGUGGAAAAAAUGUCAUCAAUCAUUUUGUUUGUGAAAUAUUGGCUUUUGUCAAGCUAGCUUGCACAGAUAUAUCCUUGAAUGAGAUUACUAUCAUGUUGGGUAAUGUAAUAUUUUUAUUUGUUCCAUUACUGUUGAUUUGUAUCUCCUACAUUUUCAUCCUUUCUAUUGUACUAAGAAUCAAUUCAGCUGAAGGAAGAAAAAAGGCUUUUUCCACCUGCUCAGCCCACAUAAUGGUGGUGACUGUGUUUUAUGGGACAAUCCUCUUCAUGUAUAUGAAGCCAAAGUCCAAAGACGCUGCUUUUGACAAACUGAUUGCCCUGUUCUAUGGAGUAGUCACACCGAUGCUCAAUCCUAUCAUCUAUAGCCUGAGGAAUACAGAAGUGUAUAGCGCUAUGAGAAAAUUGACAGCUAGACUGGUUCUGGAGGAAAGAACGAGAAAUUUGCAUCUUUGA